UAUAGGUAACUUUAUUCAUAAACCAAAUUGUAAUCAAUUUCUCUUUUGACAUCAAGAACACUUUUCUCCUCAAAAAAAUGUUUAAGUUACAGAUAUUGUGAAAUAUGUGAUUGAGAGGUAUCUCUUUUAGACACAACUUCUAGAAGGCUUAAAGGAUAAUCUGCUAUUGCAGACCUCACUCACUGCCAGGUGUAAAAACAAAAUGCUUAACCCUAGACUUACAGCUUAGUAAGCAUGUAAUAAAAGUUACCUACUACUGAAGUCUUUAUACAAUAUAAUUUUUUAUAUUAUACUCACUGAUCUUUUUUGGUAAUUCUCGUCUGCCAAAUUUUUUAUGCUUUGAUUUUUAAAUCCACAUUAAGUGCAUUUUGGGAAACAAUUCGAUACAAAAAGUAAAAGACGUAUUUCAAGGAAGCUUUUGCCUAUUUUGCUAAAAUAAUUUUGAAAUGCUGAUAGACAUAUACUUGUGUGUAAAUCUGCAUUGAUACUUGAGUAUCUUUACUUAUAAUCACAUCCUAUACAUGUACUAAGGAUACUGAAAUCAUCAAAAUUAUAACUUCUCUGAUAUACUGUUUCAUAUCAGGUUCAUUUGGGCAGCAACUACGUCAUCUCAUGGGUUCCCUGGGGGAGGGGAACCACACUGCAGUGACAGAGUUCAUUUUACUGGGCUUAACAAAUGACCCAACCCUGCAAACCGUCCUCUUCGUGAUCAUCCUGUGUAUCUACCUGGUGACCAUAUGUGGCAAUCUCAGCACAAUCAUUCUUGUCAGACUCUCUCCUCAGCUCCAUCAUCCCAUGUAUUUUUUCCUGAGCCACUUGGCUUUUGUUGACAUGGGCUAUUCAUCUUCUGUCACACCCAGUAUGCUUGUAAAUUUCCUGGUGGAGAGAAAUACCAUCUCCUACCCUGGAUGUGCUGUCCAGCUGGGUUCAGGUGCUUUCUUUGGAACACUUGAGUGUUUCCUUCUGGCUGCCAUGGCAUAUGACCGCUUUGUGGCCAUCUGCAACCCACUGCUCUAUUCCACGAAGAUGUCCAUGCAAGUCUGUGUUCAGUUACUCCUCGUGUCUUACAUGGGUGGUUUUCUCAAUGCUUCCUCCGUUAGUACUUCCUUCUUUCUUUUACUCUUCUGUGGACCAAAUCGGGUCAAUCACUUUUUCUGUGAUUUUGCCCCCUUGCUGGAACUCUCCUGCUCUGAUGUUACUGUUCCUGCAGUUGUCCCCUCAUUUACAUCUGGCUCCAUCAUUGUGGUCACAGUGGUUGUCAUAGCCACUUCCUACAUCUACAUCCUCAUCACUGUCCUGAAGAUGCCCUCCACUGAAGGAAGACACAAGGCCUUCUCCACCUGCACCUCCCACCUCACCACGGUCACUCUAUUCUAUGGGACCAUCACCUUCAUUUACGUGAUGCCCAAGUCCAGCUACUCCACUGACCAGAACAAGGUGGUGUCUGUGUUCUACACGGUGGUGAUCCCCAUGAUGAACCCCCUCAUCUACAGCCUGAGGAGCAAGGAGAUUAAGGGGGCUCUGAAGAGACAGCUUGGUAGAAUAACGUGUACUUAGUGAAGCCUGCUAUUCUGUAGGAAUUGAUGUAAUACUAUGCUAUAAGUAUUAUAAGAAGAAGACACUGAGUAUGCAUGUUUUAACUAUAUCCAUGCUGUGGUAUUAGCCAUGGUGCACGUUUUCAGUAAAUGUAGGGAGUGGAUUUUCAGAUAUCUGACUGUGAAUCAGAGACCCACAGUGAGUUUCCCUUAACAAAAUUAAAUUAAAUUUCUAAUUAAGAAAAACAAAUAGGCUCACAUGAGACAAUACUUUAUCUGCUGAAAAUUGCUUAAAAUUUCAUUCAUAUAUUUUCCCAAAUUUGUGUUCUGCCAUAAGGUAGGAUUAUUGUAGCUCCAAAAGACUGUGUCCAUUUUUAAUAGAAGUUUAUCCCUUAAUGAGUGUGAAAACAAUGGUUUUGACUGAGUACAUUCUGAGAGGAAAUGACACAUGGAAUCCGAACGUUUCUGCAGAGGAUCUUGCAGGAAGGUUAUCUGCUGUGGAGGGACUUUAUGGACCCAUAGACUCUGGCAUGUGUUCCAGUCUCUGGCUCCAGGCAGCACAGAGGGUCCUAAAGAAGGACAGGAGGAGAUGUCCCUGACCAACCUGUGAAUUCUGGCUGCUCCAAAGAAGACUCCUCUGUGGGAAUAGGUAGGGUCCCUCAAGUC